AGGAGGUCGGGUCCUGGGGUCGGGUCCUGGGGUACCUCCCUGAAAUGAGUUUUUGCAACUUGGGAUGUCUGUAUAACUAUUGGGUGGCGGUUUAAAUGAUACAUAUUUGACUGUGUAUAUAGCUUGUGUUUUACUUUGUAAUAAAUAACUGCGUCUUAACCUGUGGUUCAGUUCUCUCUCAUUACUCCCAUGUUUUCUUGCCUUCUGAUAAUAUUAGAAGCGAGUUACAUACAGUUGUACUCAUAAUAAACCACAAAUGCCACCGUUUUGGCAGUGUUUUUUGCCGUAUUUAACCCUUUUUGCCAGCUUAACAUUAAGAGUAGACGUCAGCGGUGAUGCUGGAAUGUACGUUCCUCACUUUAUCUGUGACGUCACAAUAGGCAGCACUAUUUAAGUGAGCGGAUCAGACGCGCUGCUUCAUUUAUUCUGUCUCACUGCACAGAGUAACAACCGAUUCGUUUACAGCUGAACAUAACAGGGUGAAAACCAAACAAUAUGUCUGAUGACAAAAAACCUCACAGUCCCAUACCUAAGCGGUAUUUUGGAGUCUACUCCAGGAGCAAACUGGGGAAGAGUUUUUUUAGGACUCCUCCAGAUUUUGACUUGUCGGAUCCCAACAUACCUGGAAUGACCUACAACAACUUGCACGAUCCACACCUGAAAACAUUCUUUUAUCAGCCUGAGAGGAAACAACAACUAAUUAAUCAGGGCCUCAUUACACAUGAUAACAAAGUGCUAUGCACUCUGGGAGAGUACAAGCGGUACAAAGAAUAUUUAAGAAAUGUGGAUAUGAGCUGGGAAAAGUGUUUCCACCAAGAACUGAGGGGUCUGCUGAAAGAGUUCAUGGUCCUUAAACUGGCAGGUGAAAUUCCUGAGAACACAACGUGUCCAGAUAUGAGAGACUGGAUUAUGGAGAGAGGGGAAAAGGCCUUCAGAAGCAUGCUUGAGGAAACCUUGGAUCCCAUCUGUAAUUUGAAUGUGGCAUGGGAGGUGAGCCACCGAGAUGCGCUGGAAAAGCUAGAACAGGAGAUCAUAGAAGAACUCCAGCUAGAACAGCAGCACCAACUGAAAUCAAAGAAUGAGAUCCCAAACCAGAGCAGUGACCUGGUAGAGGAAGAUUUGGAUUCAUGCUUUAUAAUAUCUGCUUGGUCUGGUCCAUCUGACCCGAUUUACUCCAGUAAAAUAUCUAAAGAGUGCAUCAUUGUGCCUUCUAAGGAAGCUGAAAGUGUCGAGUUUGCUUCUGAAGUGGAGAAAACAUCAGCUAGCACCAAAACCAAGAAUAAGAAAGGAGCAUGGGCUGUCCUCAGACGAGCAUGGAAAGCUCUAAAACGUACUUUCAGCUGUACUGGACGCACCAAGAUUUCACCUGUUUUCACCAAUAUUCCACCUGCUGAUUAACAUCUUUCAGUUGAAUGCACUGUGAUUCUGAUUCAAAUAAAGAAAGCAAUAA